GAACACUUCAAGAAUGAGUCCACCACAAGACAGAAAUAGAAAUUCCUGCAGCAGUGAGACUCUGGCAAAGUGCCUUCAAGCAAAGAAGGACUUGGAAACAGCUAUAUCUGGAAUUGUCAAAGCUGAACAGCAGAUUAAAGAAAACUGGCGGGAGGUCAAGGCCAAGAUCCACAGCCACAUCAGCCGGCAGCUGGAAUGCCUGCGCAGCCGUGAGGUGUGGCUCUUCGAGCAGGUGGAUCUCAUCCAGCAGCUCAAGGAGGAGGCCUUGCAGCAGCAGGCACAGCAGCUCUACUGGUACUUGGGACAGUUCACUUGCCUUAUUCAUCAGCUGGAACGUUCCUACACUAACGAACUGGCAAACCAGAUUUCAAUUUGCCUGGAGAGACUGGGAAGUCUUACACUUAAACCUGAAGAGUCUUCCAUCCUGAAUUUUGAGGCUGACACAUCUUACCUUCGCCAAGCUAUUACCUCAUUUGGUUGCAUUAAAACGAUGCAAACCUCAGAGAGAGAGAAUGCUUCUCCCUGGUUCCCAGGCCAGAAUUGUGCCCUAAUGAACUGUGAGCAGCAGCAGGCGCUGUGCGGGACAGCGAGUGCCUCGCUGGCUGACUGGCUACUCGGAAGCAGGCCUGUGGGGGUGCACCAGGCUCCCUAUGUCCCCAGCACCAAUCUUGAGGAAUGGAUUACCCAAAAGUGUGUGUUAGAGCCCAGCCAGGAUUUGAAUUCUUCCAAAGUCUGCAAUUUUGAGCAAGCCUGGGGAAAUCUGAAGGAUUUGGAGAACUGGCUCCUGCACAAUCAGCAGCGUGAUGUUGCUGGGAAGACACAUUCCCCUGGUCGCAAGGACUCCACCUCUACUGUCAACUCAUCCUUUUCCACUGUCGACAAGGUGGAGGAAUUAGAAUCCCUUGGACAAGAAGAGAUGGACCUUUCUGACUGGCUGCUUGCUCCUGACACAGAAAAUGGAAGUAUUGCUUCAGAUGAAAAAUGGAAGAAUGAAUUUAAACCUUUUAGGGAAGAAUGCAAUUUGAAUGAUUGGCUCCUCAAAGCUGAAACAUGUACCAGUUGUCGUGGCAGCCAGAGCAGAAGUGUGGAAAUUGAGAACCUGGGAAAUCUGAAGUGCCUGAAUGAGCAUCUUGAUGGAAAGAAAUCACCUGCUACAUCUACUGUAAAUGCUUGGCUUUUUCAGCAUCCUCAGGCCCCCUUUAAAGUGGAAGAUGUGUGCAAAGCUAAUGAUCUGUGUGCCAGCUUUUCAGAAUGUGUGUGUGAUGAAAACUGUGGAAAAGAGGCUCUUUGCAAAUGGCUUCUGAAGAAAGACGGGAAAGACAAAAAUGGAGUUCCGGUCAGCCAGAGAGAUGUACCAGACCCUGAGCAUGAUAAGACCAAGUUUGCUGCCAGUUCCUGGCUUAGCCCUACACAGCAGCUCCCAGGGGAACCCCUGAGUGCAGAGAAAGCAGAUUAUUCAGCAGAGAUCGCAGAACCCUGGAAAGCAUUGCUCGAGAGGCCUCUGACAAGCUGGCUGGCCAAGGCUGAGCACAAAGCAGAAAGCACAGAAGAAAAGGAGUGUCAGGAAAAAGCAGACAAGAGUUUCAAGAGUCCUUUCCUAGACCUCUUGGCUCCAUUCCACCUCCCCUUAAAUGUAAACAGUUGGGUGUUGUCUUCAAAUGACCUAGAAAAUGCAAACCCAUCUCCAGUGGAAGAUAAAUGGCUUCUGCGCAAGAAAGCACAAGACUUUGGCCUUCCUACAGUUUGCGACCUUUUUGCCUGUAUGAAACUCGGUGGAGAUAAUGAGAAAUGGCUGUACCGGUCUCCUUUACAGAUGUGAAGAACUGGCCGUGUGGAAAUCAUCCUCUUCCUGCUAUCAGUUGCACAUCACACUGAGUGACUGCAGCCAGCUGAGUGCUUGUGUUUUGUGUUUGGCCGUCUGCUUUCUCUUCUACAAUUGUAACAAAAAGAAAGAUUCCUUAUCUAACAGAGUUAUGGUGCAGAAGAUCCCUUUCUGUUGUCAUUAAUUCUGAAAUGUAAACCUACUGACCAUAAGCAAUCCGAUGUUUUAGAAAUGUUAGCAAAUUUGUAUCUGUUAUUGGAAUACAAGGAUCUUUAAUGGGUUGUCACUUGAAGUAUGUUGAAGCCAGUGCAGGUAUAAAGCAGAAUCUUCCUGGUGCUGUGGAAUGUAGGAACAAUAAACCACCUUUGACAGUGACUUCCCAAGUGCUGCUGUUCCUUUCAGCUGCUACAGUUUUUUCAUGCAUUGGGUUCCAGCUUACUUAGGCUGUACUUGCAAGCAAUUUGUUUUAUGGAGGAGUUGCUCACUCUGGAGGUUUCAUUUGCAUCUUGUGUUGAUGCAUUUCCCAGCUAAGUCUGUGAAAUAUAAACAUAGAAAAAUACAAGGAUUUUUGGGACCUAACACAUGACUGGAGAAUUGCUAACAUACUUCUAAAUCAAAACUCUUCUUGUGAAUUUUGAGCCUUUCAGAAAACAGGGUAAGGUGCUAUUUUUCAUGCACCAGUAGAUCAGACCCUACUGUGUCCCCAGCAUUUACAAAUGAUUUGAAUGCCACUGAAAAAGCUGUAAAAUUAAAUGGGUGUUUCUGUUAUCUCUAGAUAAUUCAUAAUGAAUUUUUAUCAACUAAACCACUGGAAAGCAGGCAUCUUAGCCACAUAGUAUUUAAAGGUAAUAGUUGGGGAAUCAGAUGCCUUUUGAAUCUGUAGGAAUGAGUGCAAAGACGUUCUGUGGAAACGUGGAUCAUGCCUGUCAGGCUCCAUGGAAAAACUGUGAAGUUCCAUAGCUUUUGGUGCAGCUUCUACUGACUUAACAAAUUGCUCUUAAUGACUGUGGAGAUAGGCCCCCCUUCUCCCCAUCCCUGCAGCCUGCCUGGGAAUAAAAGUGAUGUGAGUUCUUCACAACCCUGUAGAAAAUAAAUUAUUAUUAAGAUCUGACCUUGGUGUCACUUUGCAGUGUGAACACAUUCCUGUUUGACCAGUCCUGUGCAGUCAUUUAAAAGUAAGUUUUUAGUCUGAGAAGGGGAGACUGCAAAUCUGAAACCAGAUUUGAAACCUGAAAGGGCUUAACAUCAGCAAAACACUUGAGGCUUUUGUACUUUCAUAGCCAGGGCUUUCUGCUGGAGGCAGAGAGGUGUUUUAGGAGUUCACUUUCCCCUUCACAUGUGUCCUUGUUGCUGCAUGGGAAGACUGCACUGUGACUAACUCCAGUAACAGCCUGAUGUGAUUGUCAGUUGAACUUAAUGAAGGGGAUUGACGUGCAGCCCACCUCUUCCAAUGAAUUCCAUGUAGUCGUCAUUGUGUGCUACUUUGUCAUUAUGAGCCUUUAAAACUUGGGAGUAUGUAUUCCUUUACUCAACUGACUUGUCACUAAUGGAUAUUUAUGUAAAACAUUGAUUAGUCUUUUUCCAUUAAAAAAUAAUUGCAACCAAA